CGGGCGGAGCCCCCCGCGGCCCCGGCGUAGAUAUGAAAAUUCAUCUAGAAAAAAAUUUAGAAGAAGAACGCCAAAUAUUACUGCAGCAACAAAAAAUGUGUCGAAAUCGAGCACGUAAAUAUUUUGUGGAAUCAAACCGGAGAAAAAAAGCUUUUGAAGAAAAACGGAAAGAACAUGAAGAAAGGGAGCACCAAAUUAGGGAACAAAUACUUCAACAAAGAAAACAGAAGUUCGAAGAAGUCACUGAGAAAUUCCAGCGUGCCCAUGUUCCUCUCUCACAGCGGAGGAGAGCAGUUUUUCACAAACCAGUUCCUCCCUUAGAAGAGGCCCUCAAACAAAUUCAAGAAUCCGACUUGAAAUCAGAAGUACACCUUCCCUUUUCCCACAGACCAACAAUGAAUUGGAGAGCUGUAGAUUCCGCUUUGCCUUCAGCGUUGUCAAAAAAUGAUCACAGGCAUCAUAAACGUCUCUUCUCCAAAAUCAACUGGGAUACAGAAAUGAAGGAAAACAAUGUGGCGGACCUAGCUACAAACAAAAAUGUGUUCCAGCUCAAGCUGGAGGAAACUCAGAAACUCCUAGAAGAUCAGCAUUUAAGCAGUUUGCAAAGAUUUUGCGAUGAAGUUAAGCAGAUAACCAAUUCUGAAACCCUCUCAAGCGCAGACAGUCUCGAGGCUGGCGAGCGUGAAGAGAUACACCUAACACUCACUGAGGAGCGGUCAGCCGCUCAGCAGAAUUCUGUUCCUCUCCGACCAGCAACCCUGCAGUCCGCUCCCCUAAACUGCUGUGAUGAAGAUAAGCUGUCCUUCUCUAAAGCCCAGCGUAUAAAUAACUGGCUUACAGACCUAGAUGCUCAGAACACUUGGUCCGUCACACCUUCCUCAGAUAUUUUAAGUAAAUCUAGUGUCUUGCCUCCAUGGGAACAUUUUAAUAAUAAGGAAGAAAAUGCGUCCACUUUAGGUAGAACUGUAGAAAGAGCCACAAGUACCCCUCAGAGCUCGGGAGCUUUUGUAUAUAGUCCACCCGUGAUUGUACUAGAGAAAAAAACUGAAAAAAACUCUGAAAUGAGCCCUGUGAAGACAAAUGACUUCACUUCUGGAGCACUCAAGAGGGGGAGGCCAUUAGUUACUGCGACCCCAGCAUUUAAAUCCAACAAAGCCUGGGCCACUCCCGACUCACAAACCCGGGAGGUGGCUGCAUUUCCAGACCAAGGGAAAUACUGUGGAUUAACUCAACAAAAUAGAACUACUUUAGCUCCUGCUUCAUUUGUACCAGUGGCGACACCUUUAGUCUUGUCAUCCAGCAGACAGUCAGCUAGGCCAUUAGCAAAGAACAUACAGAUAAAAGAAAUUGACCCGGUGCAGUGUUCCGAUAAGUUAGAAGAAUUAAAAGAUGUCACAGAUGAAAAGAUGCAAUAUUUUAAUUACGAGAAAAAAGAGUUGCCUUUAUUUUCUGACAGUUUUCAGGCUGUCCAUAUACCUCAAAAUUCUGAUUCAAAAGAUAAACAAAAAAUAGCGGAAACCUCAACAUCAUUGUGUAAUGUAAUCUCUCAUUAUGACUUACUUGAGGAGCACAGGAAAAUGAAAUGCAGCAGCCAUCAGAGAAGUGGUGUGAAGUUUCUUAAAAGUAUUUUAAAGAAAGACUCAAAGUAUGAACAUGAUUAUCUGAAGGCACUGUUUAUAAAACCAGGCUUUAAAUUCAGAAAUCAAAAGGCAGCAGCUAUCAGAGAUAGUAUUGAAUUGACGAAGGAAAAAGAAAAAGGUGUAGAAAUCCUGAAGACUGCUAAGAAGCUGAGGUGGUUUGAUGAAACCCUCGAUAAAGAAAGCAGCGCUGAAGACACUCACUCGCGGAAGAGCCAAGCAGCAGCAGCUCAGCCGUGGUCUCAGCAAGCCCACAGUAAAAGUGCUGGCAGCAAGACCACUAACGGUCCUGCUUGUGCUGUAAAUUCUGCUGAUAGGAACAAGUCCAAGGGGGACGCUGAGAACGUGUCUGUGUUAGGAUCUGGAACGGAUCACGUGCCUUCGAACUGUUUUAUACCCUCAGAUUAUAACCUCACUAAGCAAGCCUGGCCUGCCUCCAAAGAAGAAAGUGUAAGCCCUGGAUACAGUAGUGACUUGAAGACUCAGCGGAGCAGUCCGCAGAGAGGUGGAGCGCGAGUAAGUAGAAGAACAGGAUCUGCAGACGUCCAGUCAGGGUUUAUAGACACAAACAGAAAAGGCCCUGUCAUUCCGCCACAGCCUGCAAGCAAAGCCAAUGCCUUUAUGCAAGCUCAGGGUACACUAAUGCCUCAUCCGCCUCCCAACCCUGGGUCAAAUAUUAGAAGUAGUAAAAGUACUCAGGUGUCCCAGUGUCACUCAGCAACGCCUCAGAAUUCUCCGAACAUUAUUACCCAUGACUGUUUUAAUUCAAAAUACGUGCUUCCCACAGAACACAGAUUCAAUCAGUGGAAUCAGGAAAGCGGUCCUCCGCUCUCAGAUGCGUGUUCUGACCUGGUCACUGUGAUACCGUCUUUACCAUCUUACUAUUCUUCCGAGUGCCAAACUUUAGCAAAAUCAGAUCAUGCACACAGUGCUCAAAUGGCUGCCCAGCAACACGGGACGCUCUACUGCACCCAGAGAACUCCUGUUCAUGAAGAAAGUUAUCAGCCUGUGACUCUUAAGACCACGGAACAAGGACCUACUCCUUCGUGGAAAAGAGGGAACAAUGUCCUGCACCAAAAUGAGAGGGCCAUUGAUUCUACUGUUAGAAGAAAACGAAUUGUUGAAAAUAAGCAGAGAAAUCUUUCAGUCCAGAAAAGAAAAAACCCUGGGUCUGCAGCACAGAGGAACAGUGAGCAAGUGAAUAAUUUUGGACAAACUGUCCAGCUAAGUUCAAGUGAGCCAAGACAAACUACAAGAGGCACUAAUAACAUUGAAGAAGUUUCAGAUAGUACUUCUGAGUUUUUGAUGGCUGAAAAUCUAGUGAAAGUUUCCGUGCCUGAGGAUAAAAUUCUAACUGUCCUGAGUAACAAGCAGCUACAGAAAUCAAAUCUGGCUUUAAAUAAGACCCAGCAGUUCAACAUCUGUGCACUAUCAGCUGAAGAACAGAGAAUCCUGCAGUCCCUUGACCGUCUCAAUGAAAGGCUCCACUAUGUACAAGAAACCAUUUGCAAAAAUCCAUCCAUCAAAAGUAUGUUACACAUAAUACCAUUUCUGAACAGCCAACCAAAGGCAAGUCCAGCUCCUGACGUUGGAUCCAGACUGCAGAGAAGAUUCUGCUGAAGUCCGAGGGCAGCCACUUAGUGGAAUCACGAUUUCUGAUAAUCUCCUGUAAAUAAUUCAUGUAUUUCUGCGUUUGUUAAUGAUUUAAAGCACUAUAACCGUAAAAAUAAAUCAUAAUGUAAGUAAUGGAGAUAAAUUAGGUAGUUUAUAUUUAUGCUGCAAAUCAUUAUUAUUAUUACAUAUUUUAUUGAUAAGUACAUUUUAAUGGAUGGAAAUAUGUCAUUAUUUUCAAUAAGCAUGUUACUGGAUACAAAGUCAUUCUAUUUAAAAAUGACAGAGACUAUUUUGUUAUUCAAAUUAUGUAUUAGCUGUAGUUUAAAGCUUUGUUUUCUGAAAUUCCUAAUAAAUUCUAUUAAAUUUGUACAAUGUUAUAAAACAUUUAUGGUCAAUGACAUCUUGAUAAAUAACAGAGGUAUUUCUUUCAAGACUUUGCAGGUUCUCUAGCACCCAACGGGUCUCGUUAUCAGCUCUACGUGGUUGACAAUUAAUGUGAAUCUCUUACUGAGAUUGUUAGUCUCUGUAAUCUCUUGCUGAGGUAAUUAGUCUCUAAAACCUCAGCACAACUGAAAAAUUCAAAGGAUCAAAUAGUAAACAUGAAAAGUAAAUGCAA